CGAGUUACGUGUGCAAGACCUUCUGACAGCGGAAUAUUAAGAAAGAAGUUUCGAUCACAGAGUUAAACUGGUCUCCCGGUGUUUGUUGUUGAAGUCAGCUGAUGUCUGCUCGCUAUACUCCAGCCGCCCGCUUCACAAAGUCACUUUAAUGACCUGGUUCGGGUGCAGAGGUUUUGUAAGUGAAGCUAGUUCCGCCUUGGCUCUCUACCCUGUGAUGGACUGCGGCGACAAGUGUCAAAAGUAACCGGGGGACAACGAGAUACCGGGGGGAAACGCGUCUCCUGUGUGGCGGACACAUCUCCACACGAGCGAGGCGGCCACUGGAGAAGGAGCUGCUGACUGCCGAGUUUUGGACACCGUGAUGGAAAAUCCUGACGAUGAGGUAGACCUGCAACACAGCACAACAGGGGGCGAAGAAGCGGACUCUGGUGGGGGAUCACCUCCAACCAAACGCAAAGGAAAGUUCUCUAAGAUGGGAAGAAUCUUCAAGCCCUGGAAAUGGAGGAAGAAGAAGCCAAGUGAGAAGUUCACUGAAACAUCUAUAGCUUUGGAAAGAAAAAUCUCUGUUAGAAAAAGUCGCCAAGAGCUGAUUUCAAGAGGGCUUCUAAAGGACAUCCCAGAAAAUGUGAGCAACAAUGUAAAUCACUCCAAAGCACCGCCAGUGAAAAAUGGGCACCCUGUGUCAAAGGAUGUGGACAGGGUGUCGGAAGCUGGUACUCGAAUGUCUCGAGGAGAGUCUGAUCAGAAAGUGAAUCCCCUCUGGAUGCUCCAGGGAGAUGAUCGCCGUAGCAGACUCCCGUCUGAUGCCUCCCGGAGUAACAGGGCACCUCUGGAUGUGGACACUCACGCACGGAUGACUGUAGACGCAGACAGGCGAAGCCGUCUGCCAUCAGAUGUUGAUAAGAAAGGAGGAUCUUUAGCCAGAGGAGCUCCUCAAGAUGAUAAAUACCGCAGAGAAGAGAGGAGAGAUGGGAAAGAUGAUAGAGAAGAAAGGGGAAGAAAGGACAGGGAAGACAUGGAGAGAAAGGACAGAGAUAAGCAAGAAUGGAGGGAUGACCGUGAGAGGAGAGACGAAAGGAGAGAUCGCGAGGAGAGGGAAAGGAGGGAUCGAGAUGAGAGAGAAAGGAAGGACCGAGAUGAGAGGGAAAGGAAGGAUCGGGAUGAAAGGGAAAGGAAGGAUCGUGAUGAAAAGGAACGAACAGACCAGGACGAGAAGGAACGGAGGGACCGUGAGGAGAAGGAACGGAGAGAUAGGGAUGAGUGGGAACGGAGGGACCGUGAGGAGAGGGAAAGGAGAGAUCGGGACGAGAGAGAACGGAUAGACCGUGAUGAGAAAGAAAAGAGGGAUCACAGAGACAAGAGAGACGAUAGGGAUCGGCGGCCUGAGAGGGAAAAGAGAGAGAACAGAGGCGAAAGAAAAGAUGAUAGAGAAGACAAGGGUCGGAAAGAUGUGCGGGGAGAAAGAGACGACAGAGACAGAAAAGAUGACAGAGACCGGCGGGAAGACAAAGACCGAAAAGAUGACAGGGACAGACGGGAUGACUGGGCCAAAAGAAAUGAGAGAGAGCGACGAGAUGAUCGGGAAAAGAGGGAGGGGGAGAGGAGAGACAAACUGGAUGACCUGCGAUCUUUAGUUAGGCCAGUCUCUGAGAUGAACCUUCGGCCUUCUCUACAGAAGAGCUCGUCGGAGGACAAGAAGAAACCUCGUCCUGCCUCAGAGUCUGACCGGAGGACCACCCUGCCCAGAUACAGCCCACCCACAGAGUUCAGAGAGCGCUCAGAGUCUGCUGUUGUCCGCUCCAGCCCUGUUCCUCAUUCUGUACAAGACUCACAGCAGGAACCUGCCCCUGCCCGGCACGCUCUGCUUCCCCCAAAAUCCCUCACUGCUCCCUCCACUGAGUCCAGUAGGAGUCAGACCCCCUCCUCCUCUUCAUCCUCCUCCUCCUCCUCUUCGUCAACCUCCUCCUCUGCUCCCAUAGCUGUGGCUAAACCGCCAAGGACUGUCUCCCUAAUAGUCGAUGACCCUUCUCGACCCUCCCUCGCUGCUCCCUCCUCAGUUGACUCUCACCUGCCGCCCCCUGUCCCUCCCCAUGCCAAGCAGCCUCCCGUCCCGCCACCCAAACCCGCCAACCGAAACAGCAACCCUGCAGUGCUCGCUUCCUCAUUGAACAGGGGCUCUAAGGCCAGGCAGCCUUGUUACUGGACCAGCUGGAGACGUCAGAGUGAGCUUGGCCUCUACCUCUCUCUACCUUUGUACAUGCGUCAAAGAGCUGCAGGGAACUGCUCAGCAGAGCUUUCUCAGCCUGGCAGCAGCAUCGUCAGUGUUCCAGCUCAUGCAAAGCGCUCUCCACCAACUCCACCAAAGAGGAUGACCCCUGUCACCAAGCGCCACUCUGUGGAUCCUUCCCCUCCUGCUCAGGUCAUUGAGUCUGCAACCACUGACCCGGCUGCUGCCCCUGGACCGGCGCACCAUGCUCUCCCCAAAGGAUAUAACAGUGAGGAGAAAACAAGUGCAGCAGCUCCUCAGAUUGCCACUGACCCUCUGCCUUCACCGCCGUCCCACAUACCUCCUUCACCUCCCAGGGUUCAGUCGCUCCAGCCGCCCGACACAACCUCCUCUGGUCCUGUGGCGAUCAUACAAGCGGUUCCACCCAGCCCAACCACUGAGCCUCCCAGCCAUCAUCCAGCCAUUCCACUGCACAUCCUCAUCCAGAGAGCCCUGGCCAGCCCUGGCCAAGCACAGCCCAACCCGGACGGUUCUCAGAGAGCCCACUCCCUAUUGUUUGAGUCUCCUCCAGAGUUCCUUGCCGAGCUGGGGAAUAACUCGAGGCUUUCACUUCCCAUCACCAUCGAACCUCUCAGGCUACCUGAAGACGAUGACUUUGACAUGGAGGAGGAGAUGCGGAAGCUUCAGCCCCAGAGGCCUGCCCGGCAGCCUGACCUGGAGCCGCGAAGCCGGAGAGGAUUAAUUGGAGACCCCAGAGUCAGCAUCAUCCCUGAAGUGAAAGGCCACGAGGACAGCGAGGGGUCUGACUCUGAUGGCCCCAUCCUGUACCGAGAUGACGAUUAUGAUGAUGAUGAUGAUGAUGAUGAUGACGAUGACGAUGAGGAGGAGGGCCCUCCAAGUGGGCUGCUGAGUCGUGUGAAGAGGAAGGACACAUUAGCCCUAAGGCUUGAGAGACAGGAGAGACAAGAUCGAGAGGAGAGGGACCCUCAGGAGAGCCAUGACAGCGGGACUUGGCAAAACAAGGAGCAGUGGAUGGCAAUGAGGAACAAGAUCAGCAGUACGCUGACAAGGCGCCUGAGUCAGAGACCGUCUACAGAGGAGCUGGUGCAGAGGAACAUUCUUCCAGCCAAGAACGAAUCAGAUCGUCGAUUAGAGCGAUCCGAGAUCAAAAGGCGGCUCACCAGAAAGCUGUCCCAAAGACCUACAGUGGCCGAACUCCAGGAAAGGAAGAUCCUUCGUUUCCACGAAUAUGUUGAGUGCACCCACGCCCAUGACUACGACCGGCGAGCAGAUAAACCGUGGACCAAGCUCACUCCUGCUGACAAGGCUGCCAUCCGCAAGGAGCUCAAUGAAUUCAAGAGUUCGGAGAUGGAGGUUCACGAAGAAAGCAAGAUCUAUACGCGGUUCCAUCGGCCUUAGCUGUCUAUUGUCAAACACUCAGACUUGGAGUAGAGAGGCGGAACAAGCCCCUGUCCACACAAUGAACAGAGGUUGUGGCCCACUUGGUUCAUUUUUUCAACUGACUGCCUGCUAACCUGCUUCAGCUAAUAAACUGGAACCAAAGCGAAAGACGCAACGAUCAGUUUGACCACGGCUGAUUCUCAAAUUCUUUGACUGUGGAAUUCAGGACAAGAGGAGUUUGUUUGGCGUCCGUUGCCAACACUAAAUAGUGAGGAACCCCCCCCCCCUUCCCACUGCUGGAGGGGGUGCGAUUAAAGCGAGAGGGUGCGAUUGAAGUGAGAGGGUAACUCACAGAGGGUUAGCACACAGCUCCCUUAGAAGAUCCCACUCACCAUGCCUUAACCUGCUGUCAUGAUGAGAUUGAAGAACAGGAGGACUAUGCACAUACAGCGAUGACUGUAGUUACCACUGAAUGAAUCUGGUGUCUGUUCAAACACUUUAUGUAUAUAUCUAUACAUGUUUGUUCUACAAAUGUCCACCCACAGGUGCCACAUGGCAUCAGCCUUAAUCCUCACAUGAUCCAAUGCACUCUUGUAAUGUAAAAUUUAGACAAAAUGUGAAAGAAGCUGGUCCGACAGUGUGUUUAUGUAAAUCCUUUGAACCGACAGCUGAGCUCUGUGUGUAGACCCUCAGAACAGUGAUUCCAACCUACUGACCUAAAGUGUACAUUUGACUGUAUUCUGUUUAUCAUUUAAAAAAUGUCAUAGAGCACAUAUCAACAAAUUUAUCUAAGGCACCUUGAGUUCCCUAAUUGAGCAUUUAAAAGUGUUGAGCCUCAGUUGUUUUGUUUAUCACUGAAUUAUUCCAGCAGGAAAAUGUACAUAUUUAGAUUUUCCUAGUUUUAUGGUACUUUAUAUAUUUAAGUCAAUAGCUGGCUGCAAUUGUAUAGCUCAAACAUGUAGAUUUGAUUACAUUUAUAUUGUCUACCUACACUAAUGCUGACAUGUUUUAAUUGUAAAGUAUUCAAAUGUUAUUUCCAAGUAGUAAUGGUACAAAACUUCUUUUUUUGAUACAGAGAUCUAUAAACUUUUUGCAACCACACUGUAUAAAUUAAAAAUCCUCUCAGAAAUAAAAAAACAGUGAUUUUCA